AUGAAGUCCUUUAUAACAUAUAAUGAUUUACAUGAGGUUGGGUGCAUUGGAUCCAAGUUCACUUGGUGCGACAAUAAGAAGGGGGAUGAAAGGAUCCUUGAGAAAUUGGAUAGAUGUCUUCUAAAUUCAGCAUCUUUGAACUCAUCUCACAGUUUGGUGGUUAGGCAUUUGGCUAGAGUUGCAACAGGCCAUUGUCCGAUUUUAUUGACCUUAUUGGAGUUCAACGUGUCGUGUAAGAGAAAUAUCAAGUUUGAAGAUAUAUGGGCCUCAAUUCCUGCUUCAAUGGAAGUGGUUAGAGAUGCAUGGAGGAGAAAAUCUAUUGGAGAACUCUCUCAAAUUUUGAUUCAAAAGAUGAACGUAUCUCUUAAGGCUUUAUAUUAUUGGAGUAAAGCUAAGCACAAAGACUUAAAUCAAUCUAAAGAUGAGCUAAAGAAAGAAAUUCUGAAUUUACAAUUGAAGGAGGCUGAAUUCGAUCUUUUUUCAGAUGAGGAUAUGUGGCUAUUAAAAACUAAAAUCGAUGCUUUGAAUUCUACAUUGGCUCGGCUUUGUACUUGGUGGAGGCAGGGAGCCAAGGUUAAAUGGCUUAUGAAAGGUGACUCAAACUCAAGGUUUUUUCAUGCAUAUGCAAGUGCUAGAAGGAAUUCAAACUUCAUACAUAAAAUCAAAGAUGAGAACGGAUUGAUUGUUGAAGACCAACACCAAAUAGAAGAUGUAUUAUUCAGUUACUUCAAGGAUAAAUGGAAAGAGAGGAAUUGUUCUAUGGUUGGGUGGGCUAAGCCAUGGAAGAGUUUGAAUGAAGAAGAUUUGCUUGUUGUGGAUAGAAAUUUUUUCAUGGGAGAAAUGGAGAAGGUAAUCAAAGAUCUUGAUGGGAACAUUGCUCCGGGACAUGAUGGAACAAGCGGCUUUUUUGAAAGGAGGUCACUUUCGGAUCAUGUCUCAGUGGCUCAUGAAGUCUUCCACAAGUUUAGGUAUUCUAAAUCUUCUAAAGGUUUAGUUUCCUUCAAGAUAGACAUGGAACAUGCAUGCAAUUCAAUGGGAUGGCCGACUUUGUUCAAGGCUUUAGAGUAUUGUGGUUUUCCAACUAAAUUUGCUAAUCUCAUUUUGGAUUGUGUUUAUAGCCCUUGCUUUUCUUUAUCAAUCAAUGAGAAUUUUUCUAAUUGGAUAGAAGCAAGGAGCAGUUUUCGUCAAGGAUGCCCAUUAUCUCCAUUUCUGUUUAUUAUUUGUGCACAACUUCUUUUAAAUGCUUUUUCACAAAAGAAGGAUUCAGAUGGUAUUCGUAUUUCUCCUAAUGGGCCUAAGAUCACUCGCUUACUCUAUGCCGAUGAUAUUAUCAUUUUCUCGGAAGCAAGUAUGAAGAUGAUUAUGGAGAUUAAAAGCAUCAUUUCAGACUUUUGUGGUUGGACGGGUCAAAGGGUGAACUCUAAUAAAUAUGGAAUUCUGUUUGGGAAAACAAUCAAAAGAAAGAAGAGAAAAGCAAUUGCUAGACUUAUGAAUUUCAAGAAGAUCAAAGAAUUUUCCUAUUUGGGCAUCAAGGUUGCAUUGAGAAGACUGGUUAUGGCCGACUUCCAAUUCCUCUUAGAUAAAGCAUUGAAUAUGUUGAGUGUGUGGGGUGAAAAAUUUAUAUCUUUGGCCGAAAGAAUCACUUUGGUCAAAUCGGUUUUGUUAUCAUUUCCUACUUUUCAUUCAACUCUUUCUUUUGUUCUUAAAAGUGUUUUGAAUGAAGUAGAUAAGUUGUGCAGAAGUUUUAUUUGGAGCAAGAAGGCUGGAGGAGCUGGACUCCACUAUGUAAGCUGGGAAUCCAUAUGUAGACUGAAUAACUUGGGUGGCCGUGGAAUAGUUUCCUGUUCUAAGAAAGCUGGUCCACUAAGAACCAAGUUGGCUUGGAGAGCAGGUUCAUCAGCAUGGAAACUAUUAUGCAAUGGAGGGGAAUUUCUUAAACCAAUUGUCAAAUGGAGAAUUGCUAAUGAGAGAUCUGUAAAUGUUAUCAAAGACACUUGGUUAUUAGAUAGAAGCAUUGAUAAAUGGCCAACCUUUGUUCAAUUAAGGGAGUGCAAUGAUCUCACAGUUGACAAGUUUAUAUGCAAUGGUUGCUUGGAUGUAGGGAAGCUUGGAGAUUUCUUUGGUCCAGAUCUCGUAAACCUGAUAUCCGGUAUUCAGAUUUAUUCUGAAUGUUCAAAUGAUCAAUUGGAGUUAAUUCAUAGGCUUUCUGGUGGAUCAAUUUCAGCCUUGGCAACCGAAACAAUGGAUAAAUGCAAUACAGUUUUUGUUGGAUGUAAUUGGCUUAAAAAUGCUAAACGGAGUUCAAGAGUGGAGACAUUUUGGUGGAGAGUUCUUAAUAAUGCAAUUCCAACAAAUCAGUUCUUAAGCUAUAAAAGUUUACAAGGUAUCUUGGAUGUUAAUCAACCGACAAGGUUGUUGAAUAAUUAUUGGUAUCCUCCUCCACCCGAUUGGAUAAAAGUUAAUAUAGAUACUUCCCUUUGUCCUUCCUAUAAGGCUGGGAUUGGUGAUGUGUUUCAUGACCAUAAGGGAAGAUUCUUGAUGGCUUUUGGUCAAAAGUGGAUUCAUUGGGAUAUCGCUUCAUUGGAGCUUCAAGCUAUUUUAUCAAUCAAGGAUGUGGUUAAAUAUUGGAUGUUUGCUUACAAGGGCUUGAUCAUAGAAGGAGACAACAAAAUUGUAAUCAACUUCAUUCAAGAUAUUGUGAGGAAUUUGUGA